GGGCUUCCUGCUCGGCUGAACACGUGGUUCCGUGUCUGCCUCCUUUGCUUGUCUGUCAGUGUGUGAAGGUUUCCAGCCCUUCUCUCACUCCUCUCCACCUUCUAUCCUCCCAUACAGCACGGCAGAGCCUCUCCUCCCUUUACUCCAUCCGCACCUCCGCCUCCUCCUGCUCCUGCAGCACGUUUCCUCCAUCUCUCUCCGACGGUUCCCGGGACUGCCGACAGCCAGGCCGCGGUCACUUCAACGUGUCUCGAGAGGGGGGAGUGUGUUUGUGUGUGAGUGUGUGUGUGUGAAAGUGUGUGAGGGCGGACAGUGCGAGUGAGUGAGUGCGUGUGCCGUGUUAUUUCUUUCCCCGCUAUCCCGCCUCGCUGUUCGGUCAUGACGCUGGAAGCGAUCCGCUACCGGGCCGGGGCUCUGCAGAUCCUGAACCAGCUGCUGCUGCCACACCAGACCGUUUACGAUGAGAUCCUCUCGGUGCAGGACGCUUACGAGGCCAUCAAGUCCAUGAAGGUACGGGGCGCCCCCGCCAUCGCCAUCGUCGGCUGCCUCAGCCUGGCUGUGGAGUUGCGGGCAGGUGCCGGGGGUGACGACCCUGUGACCUUCAUCAGGGAGUCUCUAUGUCAUCUGACUUCAGCCCGACCCACUGCAGUCAACAUGGGCCGCGCCGCCCGUGAGCUGAUGGAGUUUGCGGAGAACGAGAGCAUGGAGAAGAACUCGGAGCAGCUGAGAGAAAGUGUAAUUGCCUGGAUUGAAGACAUGCUGGAGCGUGACGUCAAUGACAACAGGAAGAUCGGUAACUAUGGCGCCCAGCACAUCCUGUCUGGCGUCCCGAGGGACUCUGUGACAAUCCUCACACAUUGCAACACUGGCUCUCUGGCCACAGCUGGAUACGGGACCGCACUGGGUGUGGUGCGAAGCCUCCACGCGCUGAGCAGGCUGAAGCGCGUGUACUGCACGGAGACCAGGCCGUACAACCAGGGAUCCAGACUGACGGCGUAUGAGGCGGUAGCAGAGGGAAUCCCCGCUACACUAAUUACAGACAGCAUGGCAGCCCUCACCAUGAGAGAAAUGGACAUAACAGCUGUGGUGGUGGGUGCAGACAGGGUGGUUGCCAACGGAGACACCGCCAACAAGGUGGGCACAUACCAGCUGGCCAUAGCUGCAAAGCACCAUGGUAUUCCCUUCUAUGUGGCCGCACCCAGUACGUCGUGUGACCUGAGCCUGGAGAGCGGCAGGGACAUCAUCAUUGAAGUGCGCCCCCCUGAAGAACUCACCAGCAUAAACGGAGUCCCAAUUGCGGCCCCGGGUAUCGAGGUGUGGAACCCGGCCUUCGAUGUGACCCCUCACCAGCUCAUCACAGGAGGCAUCAUCACAGAGCUGGGGGUCUUCCUCCCCUCGGAGCUCCAAGCAGCACUAACCGGCCGCCUCACUGCCCUCUAAAGCCACUCAGCCCCUCCUGCUGGUCCGUGUGCGCCACUGCACCUUAAUGUCACACACCUCGAAGACACUCACUACAUUACAGAACACACUCGCAGACAAGGUUGUGCUUUAUUUAAAUCUGUGUCACCGCACAGUCACUGUUUCAUGUCAGUGGUGCACGCAGAAGAACAUAUAUUCUUCAGUCUGUCGCUCACACACACACACACACACACACACACACGCGCAUUCACUGCAGGGAGUCGACAUGUGCAGUCUCCCCUUUCUUUGAUGCCCCUCUUAUUAUUUCAUGAUUCACAUUUCACCUAAGUUUUCCAUUCUGUCUUUAAUUUUCUCCGUCUUAACGGCUACUGCGACAAGGAUAAGUGCUCAGCUGGUAUGAAUCCCAUAAAUUCGAUUUGGCGCUCAAUUUUUAUGAAUCCAAACCGAGGUGACUUUUAUGGCCUCUUCAGCUAUAGAUACAAAAACGUCCAAAAAAGUGGCACGACUGAUGUUUUUUACUUAUAAUUUCCAAGUAGUGAUUUCUAUCAGCCGUGAUUUAUUGAAUGCUGCUGCUACCGACUUGUAAAUAUAAAUGUCCUUGCUGGUAGUGUGUACAUAUGUAGAAAGGUUACCCCCUGCUAGUCAAAGGAACCGCUAUUUCAACCAAAAAUGUUGGUUAUUUCAAAUUAAAGUUGAUAUCCAAAAAUGUUAUAUUAACAUUUAAUUUCUUUCAUGACGUGUAGAAACCUUUCUUGGAGGAGUAAUCCAAAUUUGUAGCGCAUAGAUUUUUCUCGAUCAGAAAUGUUCAGUGCCGUGAUGAAUCGUACUUCACUCUCAUGUUUCACCCUAAGUGACAAAAAAACUCCAACAAGUGGAAUUUAUUGAUCAGUCCUCUUCACUCAGCUGAAGCCUACGACGGUACCCAGCCGUGUUUGUGUCCUUGUUUGCACCUAGCUAUGUGCAGUUUAAAUGUAUCAUGCCACACUUGUAUUCUCAUAAUAUUCUUAUAUAAACAUAUGAAUAUAACUUUACAUAUUUCAGCAACACACAUAUAUUCACCACACUGCACAGCACACGAUGUAAGAAUGGAAAGAAAAAAAAAACAAAUCUUAGGGGGGGGGGGGAAAGGAAAACGUGUCAUCAUUGCCAAAGCAGCUUUUGAGCGCGCUCAGAGGUCUGACUGGCUGUUCCACUUGUAAUACAGACAUUACUAUUAAAGGAAUAGUUCACCCCAAAAUGAACGUUUGGUUAUCUGCUCACUUGCAUGUCAGUUUGGACUUCUCUUAAAUCUGUGCAAGUAAAAAAAAAAAAAAAAGACAAAGUUGUCGUCGUAUAUGUCGAGUUUAAAGUUAUUUUUGGGGGCAUUUUUGCCGUUAUUGGAUAGGACAGGUGAAGAGAGACAGGAUGUGUUGGAAGGAGAGGGAGGGGGGUGACGUGCAGAAAAGGGCCGCGGUCGGAUUCAAACCCACAGCAACUGUACAUGGGGCGCACAACAUAACCGCCAACAUAUGUCCGAUAUAUACUGAAUGGUUUUUGAAUAUUGAAUCAAUGGUUAUAUCUUGAUAUAUCUUUAUUUGCUAAAGCACUCUGCUUGUAACAGAAGAGGGCGUCAGCUUCACUACAACACAGAUCAAGCUAACAGGAAUCUUUUUCUAUGAACGACUUCAUGUAAUGUGACAAACUGAACUAUCACUCUACUCUUAAGUUUCCACUUUUAGCUUCUUUAAGCUUUUUGUUUUGGUUGUAUAGCCCACAGCUGAUAACAUAUCUGGCAGCUUUUAAACAAACGUUAUGAUACUCACUCUGCACCGAACAGCCGACAGGGUAGAAACUAACUCGUGAACAUGUUGGAGGCAUUUAGUGACUUAAGAGCCACUAACCUCAGGAUUUAGUAGAGAGCUGAAAUGAGAGUAGAUGUUUGACUUUCAUCCGUCAGUUGGGCUCAAACAUGACUCCAAACGAAGCGUUAUGUUGGUUUGUGCCCGGAGGGUGUGUAAAGAGGAAACUGCCAGCUGUCAUGUCCGCCUUAACGAGUCUUUAAGGCGGUAAUAUGUCAAUUUUCUGUUUAUAGUUUGUUGUGCUUCCCCCUAAGUGAUUGAAAAGGUCAAAUACAUGGAGGUUUAAAGAGCCACGGGGUUGAUGUUAUGCAGAUGUUUGUUUCACAAACUUCAUCUUUGUGAGACAGUGGUUUGAAAUGUGGUCAAAGGUCACGCAGACGUUUAAAAGAAAAAAACGUUGAUGCACGGGUGAGCAGUAGAUGUCUUCAGGUCUCUAUUUUGGGACGAACUAUUCCUUUAAGAUAAGUGGCGCUCUUAUCCACGAUAUCCUUCUGCAGAAAGCUUUGUGACUCGCAGUCCAGAUCAACCAACAAUCAGAAUGUAAUAUUCAACUGGGAUGAACACGCUCUCGUUAGGGGCCGUGAUCAGAACAGACCUCACUGUCACUUCUGCCUUUUUGUGCUUUUGACCAGAAUGUGUUUCGACUGUUUGGACUCGUAACUCAAAUGUGUUCCCUCCGCACCGACUUCCAGACCAUCAGACUACUUUUAGGAUCACAUGAAGGAUUUUCUCUUCAGUUAUUGGCUGAGACCGUUUCUCUCUUCUUCUUCUUCUUCUUCUUCUUCUUCUCUUGGUGGUGGCAGACAAGGGCCAUAGUGCAGAUGUUGUAAAUAUGCAAACACCUUUCACUGAUUUAAAAAUCUAAUCAUCAUUGACAGAUCAUAAUCACAACCCUUUUUUUGAUGCCCUAAUUUUUCAAACAACCAGACAGCGACUUAGUAUUUACCUGAAACCUGUAGACUGUUACAAAGUGUUUAAAAAAAACAGAGAUUGAACUCCUGAUCAGGGUCAAAUGUCACCCCCAGGUUUUAUCUGUGAAAGGUGAAAAACUAGGUUCCUGUAGUUUCAUCACCUGGCCAGUGAUCAUACAACCAGUUUGUUCUUUGAGGAUCCAGAAGUCUUGUCUUUAACACUCUUCUCUUGCUGUUCUGAAUGUUAACACUGCUCACUGCCUUACAGGUGCAGCACCAGUAUAGCUCACCGGUUAUAUUUUGCGAGACAGCAGCAGCCUCAGUCCUUCAUUUCUUCACCCUGGUUCAUUACAUCCCAGUGCGCAUUUUCUGUUUGAGAGAGAGGGGGGGGAACGACACACGAGAUUCAAACCCAGUUCCCCUUGCUUGGAGAGCUUCAGCCUCCGUACAUUGGGUGUGCACACUCACCACUAGGCCACUGGUGACCCCAUUGAAAAGAUGUUUAACAUUUAACGAGUAUGGCCACCAUCGGAAAGUCGUUCCAAAGUGAACUUUUUUGAACGACUAUUUUGAAGACGUUGAUUAAACGUGCAGGGCAUCACAGUCACCAACCAAAUAAAGACGUGAUGGUCGGAGUCAGAACACCACCACUUACCACCGUCAGCCACUGAUAUCCCUUCUGAACUAUUAGCCACUGUACCUGCACGUCUUCUUUUUUUCCUUUUUUUUAUGUGAGCAUGUUUAACACGUCCCUCCAUGUCGUCUCUGAACCGUUUUGUUACCUUCACACAGCCCGGGGAGAGGGUUAGGCCUUUUUUAUUUAUUUUUGUGUUUAUCUCCGCGUAAAGGGAACCAAGCAGUGCAAAAGGUUUUGGUGAAAUUCCGCUAAAAUCAUCUUCUAUAUCACACAUUCAAUGCUUAAAUGAACAGAUAAUCAACAUUUUAAGACAAAGCAGGGUCUGAUCAUCGAUUUAAGCCAGUUGUCAAAUGUCAACUUUCCAACCACGGUUUAGUGCUCACUGGGAUGUAGCCAGACGACGAUCUCAACAAGCUCACAGACACGUGGUGAAAAUCUCAUUGGAUAACUCCUGAUGAUGUUUUAGUAUACUGAUGCUCGUCUACCUUUCUGAUCGUUGUGUAUGAUGUGAGCAAGUGUGCAUCAGCUGAAGGUUCAUGUUAGCUUUCCAAACAGGUGAAUCUGAAGGCGCAUCAUGGGACACAUAAACCAACAAAGUAGUUAAUACGAGAGAGGUUUGACAGCCUUAAAGCAACCUGUCUCUAACCUGGCCCUCAGGUUGUUGAGGAAACAUGAAGAUGGUUAAAGUAAUGGACAGUGGCAUGAUCUUUUAAAUGAGGAAAUAAGUGAUUAGGUGUCUCAAAUUUCAUGUACACAUCACAUCCAGGCAGCCAAAGCCGACAUAACAUUGAGUAAUCAUCAUGGCCGACUAUUUUGUUCUUUGUUCAGUGAGCUUGAUGAGACAGAGUUCAGAGGUCUGACCACUACCCCCCCUUCUGACCCCACACACUGCCCUUGUAGGCCUUUAUCCUUCAUUUUUCUAAAUAGACAGAAAUACACAGCAGUCCAGUGAAAACACCUUUAAAUAAAGCUAAAUAUCCUUAAUAACCACUGCAGUAUCGAUACUAUCAUCAUCCAUAUCCUGCUGUAUUAUAAGCUUGCUUCUCUCUUGUGUUUCUUCUUCUCCCCGUUUGUCCUCUACCCACCCGUUCAACUUUGACUCACUAAGAUGCUGUUAGGUUACACACGAGCAUAAAGGACACUUGUAUGUAUUAGAAUUUUCUUUGUUUUGUUUUGUACAGUCUUAAGUCUUUACGUGUUUGGGGGCAAGUUUAGACAUUGUUCCAGACAUAUGUAGCAACUUUUGUGGCCGUCAGACUCGCCACAUUUAAUUUCUUUCUAUAUUCUCAAAAGGUACGAGUUUGAUUUAGUUUUGUCUGUACAUCAUGAUUAUAACUGUUUGGCUGUGGUUUGUUGUUUUAUUUAAUUGCAUUGUGAUUCCUUGUGACUAGGCCAUUAGUACACCACACUGGGGAGGCCUCCUCAACCAUACACACUACCUCUCCGUCAGCCUACACGGACUCAAACACUGAAAUGCAUGAUCACGAGCACUCAACGUGCAAGACUACAGCAGCACACAUUGACGGAUGGCAGGCAAAAAAAAAAAAAAAACCUGGAUUAAAUUUCUCCACAUCUCACUUCUGUUUGUAUUGUAAAUCCAAUGUGUCAUAAUUUGUGGCAGUGGUGCUUUAAGUUCGCCAAAAGUAGCCUAGGUUUUAGGCGAGUACGUUCUGUUGGGUUGCAGCUGAAUUGUUUCUGCAUUACAAAAUGUUUUUUACUCCAUGCUUUAGAACCAGCAGCAAUAUAGUACUGUAUUUCAAAAUAUGUUCAACUAACCCAUCCUUGAGACGCCCGACACACUAAUGGUCUGGUGCCAAAGCUCAGCGCUGCUUGCCAUGAAUUUCCCACAUUGAUUUCAUGAACCAAACCAGGUGCUUGUGUAUUAUUCUCUCAAUCAUUACUAUGGCCUGCAAUUACCAUGGAAGGAGUGUUGUUCAGAUGGCCUCUUUAAGUGCAAGUAUGUUAUUGUUGUUCUUGAUAAUCACUUGAUCUGGGUUUAUUUUGUAACAUGGUGUGGAAAUAGGUCAAAACUGGAUUUUUUUAUAUAUACGUAUAUGAAUAUAACGCUGUAAAGUGCAGUCAUGAAUUACAAGAUUUUCUCUUCCACCUCAAAACAGUUAAAAAAUAAAACCACAAUGAAAAGAG